AUGGCGCCGCUGCCCGGCACUCCCAGACCACGCGUGAGGAGCUCCGGGCGACCGCUCAAGCGAACCAUCUCCGAUUCUGCGCCUCCGCUCAAAAAGCGCAAGUACAUACCUGGCGGGCCUGGUGGUGGUGGCAGGUACGUCGACGAAGACGGCAUCGAGACACCGGUAGGCGGCACAGGACCUGGGGGCUACGCAUACACUGGACCUCGUGGCCGCAUCGGCCGCAUGAACGCUGAAGCACAAGGGCUGCCUCUCGACGCGCCCUCCCCUUCAUAUUCUCGCCCUCGACGCGAACGACCGCCAGCUGGGCCACGAUCCAGUUCGGCCGCCGCAGUAGCCGCCGCAGUGGCGCAACACGACGGAUACAAGCCGCGCGAAGAGCGCGGGUGGGAGGAGUUUCAUCAGACAUUGGACAUCGAUCUCGAGCUGCCCAUAUUCAGCGCGGACCAGGUCGACGGCACAAGUCCCCCCGAAUCCGCACCCGGCACACCUAUCAACGGGUUUUAUACUGGACAGUAUGCCAUCGACAGCGGGGUGUCCGCCCAGUUCGAGGGCAUUCGCGCCCAGCAAGCUUCGCAAGAUGCCUCCACUAUCAAUGGCGUUCAGAUGACUCCCCGAAAACGGGGCCCAGGGCGGCCGCCUCGCAAGAUCGACUCCAUGCUGAACGGAUUAGGCUCGCCCCCGCGACCGCGCAUCAACCCUUUGCCGACUAUGAAUCCAAAGGAAAAGCUGAAUCUACCCAAGCCCUCUACCCGCCAAGUGGAAACUUUCAAGGCAUACGAAGAAAGCGAAGCUGUCAAAAUCAACUAUGUUGACCGGACCAUGGCCAGCAUCGGCUAUCAAGAAAGCGAGAUCUUCGCGAAACCAGAGAAGGCGUUGAUCCGUGUGCCUGAAGGUUCGAUCGAGGAGGACUUGGACCUGACAUUACAAUCGGAAGGCGAUGGCUCGAGUGCGGUUGGAGUUGGGCGUGUGGAGUAUGACAUGGACGAGCAGGACGAUCGGUGGCUGGAUACUAUCAACGCGCAGCGGCGAGAUGAGGGGGUAGAGGCUAUUAAGCCUGCAAUAUUUGAGGUCACCAUCACACAAAUCGAGAAAGAGUGGCAUGCUCUCGAGAAACGUAAGAUUCUGCGUCUGUUUAGUGCGGCAAGUUGUCUAACGCAAGUACAGGGAUACCUAAACCAAACCCGAAACCCCCACAAACCCAUCGACCACGUUCCAGCUCAGCAGCUGCAGUUAAUGGAGAGCCCGCAGGCCAAGGCGACGAGCAGGAUACAAAGUGCGCUGUUUGCGACGACGGUGAUUGGUUGCAUUUUUUGUCCGAACAUUGAUGGUGCCUUCAAGCAAACCACUGCAAUGAAAUGGGCGCAUCUUCUCUGCGCAAUGUGGAUUCCGGAAGUAUCGUUAGCGAACACGACGUUUCAGGAGCCUGUACAAGAUGUCGAAAAGGUGCCAAAGACACGGUGGAAGCUGACUUGCUAUAUCUGCAAGCAAAAGAUGGGCGCAUGCAUCCAAUGCGGCCACAAGUCCUGCUUCGAGGCAUUCCAUGUGACGUGCGCACGUAAGGCUCGUUUGUGCCUGAAGAUGAAAUCCUCCUCGUCCCAAAACCCACACGAUGCCAGCGUCCUCAAGGCAUAUUGCGAUAGACAUUCGCCUAGCGACUGGCGACGCGAGAAUGAUGUGGACGGUGCGUUAGCUGAAGCCAAAUAUUUCUAUCGACAGACGAUGCGGCACGUUCGUUGGGGUGAUAGCCAGGCAUAUGCUUUAUCUAUUGGUUCUACGCAUCCUAUACCGUCUGUGGAAGGUCCCGAGGAAGAUGAUGGCUCAAGCAAUCGACGCAGACGUCCAGGACCAGCUGUGAAGUCUUGGCGACUUCCAUCUGGAGCUCCAGUUGUACCCCAUGCUGUGUAUCACAACGUGGAAAACUCACUCAUAAGAUUCAAUGUUCGCAAACGCAAGGAAUUCGUCCAGGAAGCUUGCAAAUACUGGACAUUGAAACGAGAAGCCCGGCGCGGCGCGGCCCUGAUUAAACGCCUUCAACUUCAAUUAGAUGCGUUCUCCUCGAUGGAGAUCACUCGGCGUAAUUUUGCGGGAAUGGGCGCUGUCGGUCGACCUAGACUUCAACGCCGUAUUCACUUUGCGGAGCUUCUUGAGGAUGAUAUGGAGUCGAUCCUCAUCAUGUGCGAAACGGUCAAGAAACGUGAGGCUGAGAGGCUCAAGGAUGUUAUGAUUUUAAGAAAUAUGCUCGAUGCUAUGUAUUUCCCGAUCUCGCCAUUGCUUGAACCGAUCCUCGAGCGAGCUGCAAUGUAUGACAACAAAGACAUCUUCAAAGAAGGCCUUUUGGAGUUGCAGACUAGGCUUGCAGAGAAGUUUUACACGUCUGUGCAAGCCUUCAGCGAAGACAUGGUAGCCGUGUUCAGCUCAGUCAUUGGCUUUGCUGCCAUUGUGGACGUCAGCGAUGCUGAACAACAGCUUGGCGGCGGUGCUCACAAUCUUCUAACCGCUGAGCAAAAGGAGAAGAAGAAGCUGGCCAAACGCAUCAUCAAGGGCAUUCAACCUCUAUUUGACGAUGCAAUGCAUAAAGAGUCCGACUUGGCCGGCAGACCGUUCGAAAGAGAGGUCCCGAAUCUCGAGGCCAUACUUGACCAGAAACUACGUACACGACCAUUUACUUCGGCUUCUACUAACGGUGUGCAUGGGAGCAUUGAAGACGGGGCCUCUGGUGGUGCAGUCCAAGCCGCGAAGACGAUCAUGGAUGGGGUCGCAGCCAAAGGCGACGAGACCAUGCCACAUGCACCAACGCCUGAGGAACUAUCCGAAGUUCAUCGAUCUGCGCGGGAUGAGGCUGCUGAUGAAGCUGCUAUCGCUGCCCAGCUCGGACAGGACACCAUGCAGAUAGUCGCGGAUCCUGAACCCAUGGAUGUGGAUGGGGUCCAAAGAAAUAACACGACCGCGGCACCGCCAACGCCCCCGGGGUCAGACCAAGAUUUGCUUGGCCCAAUCCAUCACGGUGGUGUACCUUGGUACAUGAAAGAAUUCGAUCCCGAAGGAACAACCGUCUACGAAGAGCGUUGGCCCGGCAGAGACGUGUUGCGAGAUAUGAGCGAAGAGUUGAGCGAGCUGGACGACGAUGAGCUGAAUGGCCUGGCUGGAUCCGAAGCCAUGAUACCGGAAUCAGUUGUUUCAGAGGAACUACAAGAGGUUGCGCGAAACAAGCGCAACAGAAACCGUGGCCUUCGGUAG